UGCACGUGGGGCGGCUGAUGUAAGACCUUCUCGGGGCUUCCCUGUCGGGGCGGAGCUGAGACCCCCGAAGCCCACCUCGCCGCGGGUCUCCGGCCCACGCUGGGACUUUGGCCGGGAGGGCUUGGGGGAGGUGUUACAGUCCCGCUUCUAGGGUCCGGAAAGCCAAGUCAGUCGGCGGGAGGCGACCAAGCAGCCGGACGCCCGCGAAGGCGGGAGACAUGAAGAGAACGCGGGACGGGGCUUUCGGGUUCACCUUAGCUCCUUCAAACAGUGUGGGGCCGCCGCCAGCCGGAACCCCGCUGUCUCCUUAGCCCGAUGGCGGUGGAAGGGCCUCGAGGACCCCGUCAGGGGCGGAAUCUCGGCAGGCCCGCGUGGUUGCGCGUGGCACCGGGCGGAGUCGGCCUUCGUGGCCGGCGAGGAUGAGGGCAUCCCCGGCCGCCUGCCCAAGCCACCGAGGAGCCAGCGUCCCUGAGUUCAGGAGAGUCUCCCUGGGUUUUCUAACAUUUAAAUAUAGACUAGGAAGGCAGCAAUUAGCAUUUCUAAUGGAGCCUCGGAGUUUCACUGGGUUUUCCCGCAGACUUUCAUCUCAUUUGUUCCUUAGGGCACCCCUGUGAGGUGUGUGAAUUCUAAUGGUCUCCAUUUCCGAUGAAGCUUGGCAGGUAGUCUUUGUAAUGGCCUGGCUCAGAAAGCACCCUGACAGUCAGGGUUAGAGCACUAAGUUUGCUUUGCAGACCCCUGGGGCGGAAGGUAAGGUACAUUCGGCUUAAAAUAAGUAAGUGUGUCCUGUGGCGAAUCAGAUACCAUCUUAAUUUCUAAUACAGACAAGAGGCUCCAAAGAUUGAAAACAUGAAUGAGUAUGAAUAAAGAAUAACUUACACUCUAAGGUUUUUAGAGUUAAGAAAGACCCCCCACUCCCAUUUUGCCUAAGUUCAUUCUGUGCAAACAAAACCACCUAUAUCAAUUUUUGAAAUAUUGAAUGAAUUAAAACUUAAAAGCAAAAGAAAGUUCUAGAAGGAUUAUGGAAGAAAUACAAAAACGUUCUAGUAAGUUGUUUCCUGAGUCUUGUAUUCAAAAUGUUAGUUUCAGCAGAUGACUCUGAGGGAAAAUGGUGAGGGAAAUGCUCUUCAGGUUGUCACACAGGAGGCCUGUAGCUAUAAAGUUUUUAGAAGCACAGGCCCAUAGACGAAGUCUUGUAUGAAAACUAGCAAAUCAGUUGCCUGAGCUUACAAGCAAUGAGUGGGCAUCUACUUUUAGGGCUUGUUAAGUUCUUUCUCAUUUAAUCCUCAGACAACCCUGUGAAAUAGAUUGUAUUUUAUUCAUUUUGCAGAUGAGGAACCAAAGUUCAGGAGCCAUAAGCUGCAUGGCCAACAAGAGGUGGAGCCAAGGUUUAAAUCCAGAUGGGUCUGACUCCAAAGCCUGCUAUCUUUUCCACUACACCAUUAGUCUGACUGGAAUGAAGUCAUAGCAUGGGAGCCUCCAUUGGAACAGUAGGUUGGGAACAGUUGUAGAGGGUCUGUCAUACCAAACAGCAUGGAGGCGCCGUCUAGAAGGCUGCUUGUGAAAGUCAGACCAAAUAACAGGAAGAUUCUGCAGAAAGAUGGAUUUAGGAAAGGACCACUGUCAUUUGACACACCAUCAGAAACCUGAUCGUCUUCAGGAAAAGAACCAUGUUCCAGAAGUCAUUGGAACUUGGAGUUUGCGAAACAGAGAGCAACUCAGAAAAAGAAAGGCUGAAGCACAAGAAAGGCAAACUUCGCAAUGGCAGUUUGGGUAUGAAAAAAUGCAGGCGGCAGAGAACAGGAAAAGGAAAUGAAAGAGGCAGAAAGAGACAACAAAAUACAGAACUGAAGGUGGAGCCUCAGUCACAAUUAGAAAACGAAAUGAUGGAGGAAGUACUGGCACCUCCAGAGAAAGAGAUUGAGCCACUCAGGGGUGUAACUGAAGCUCUCCCUUCAGUAGCCUCUCCCCAAGAAGUUAUGCCUGAGAUUUUUGCAAUCAGUCAAGAAAGCAUUAUACAGCAGGAAAAUUCUUCUGAGUAUCAAGAAACAGCAGUACAAAAUCACCCUUCUGAACCUGAAGACUUCUCUCCUAAAAUGUGCCAAGAAAGAGCUGUAGCCAAAGCCCUUCCUUCUAAAACUUCUGAAGACAUAGCUGACCUGGAAGGAUGCUGUCUUGAAGCAUGCCCCAAACCAGAUGUGCCUAACAGAUACACUCUUGAAACAUACCAAAAAAAUGCUGAACCUAAGGAAUACAGUUCUGAACCAGGGCAAGAAAUAGCUGAGACUGAAAGCGCCUUUCCUAAAAUACAACAAGAAAUAGCUGUGCCUAAAGACCUUUCUACUAAAACAUACCAAGAAACAGUUGAACACUUUUCUCAAACAUCUACAACAGAAAUUGCUGUGACUAGAGCUCCCUUUCAUCAAACAAUCCAAGAAACACCUGUUCCUGAAGAAUAUCCACCUGAAAUAUGCCAAGAACCACCUGAGCCUGAAGACUGUUCACCUGAAAUAUACCAAGAAACACCUGGGCCUGAAGACCUCUCCACUAAGACCUAUAAAAGUAAAGAUGUAUCUAAAGAAUGCUUUCCAGAACCAUACCAAGAAACAGGUGGGCCCCAAGACCAGCAUCCUAAAGCACAGCUGAAAGAUUCUGAGGAUGUUUAUACUUUUCCUCAAGAAAUGCAAGAAAAACCCAAAGCAGAAGGACCAGAGAUACCAGCAAUUUCAAAUGUUCCUCAAGAGAUUCACUCAGAAAAUGACAUCUAUAGUUAUGUUUUGCUUUAACAGUGUUCAGCCAUCAUAGUUGUCCAACAAAAUACACAUCUUAAUAUAU